CUGAGCCAAAGACAGACAUAAGGACUGAGUCACCCAGGCACCCCUCAUAUCUUAUUAAUCUUCUAAGUUUACUGUUCCCUUGUCUCCAGGUUAAUGCCUAGACUGCCACAAAACUAUACUGCAUUUUUAAAAGAAAGGACAUUGGCAAAACAGGGCUCUGAGUUUAAAGUCAUCAGUGGUCAAGGUCUACACACUGUAAUUUUAAUUUAGGGACAUAAUAGAUUUCCUGUAAAAUUUCUUUCUCCCUUCCUCCUUCCCCGUCUCUCCCCCUUUUUUCUUCCUUUCCUUCCUGCAAGCAGUUAUCUUUACUUGUUAAAAAAAAAUGGGGCUUUUUAAGAAACUUCUGACAAAAGUAAUUUUAGAAAUCCUGCAGAAGGAGUAUUAAAAGGCUCCUUUGAUUAUAUAUAAUACAAACCUCAGAGAAUCAGUGUUGAGUGUUCUUUGAACUGAAUAAUGAACCUAACCGACCAGAAAAUGUCUCCAGUUAAAGCGCUGAGGUCACACAGUAAAAACCCUUAUCAGAAUUUGGCGUUGUACACUGAAGUCAUCAUGAACUUUUUCCAAAUCCUGAGGAAAAAGAAGGAACUUAUUCCUUUGAUGCUGAUCAUGACCACAGCAGCGGGUGGAGCUUCGUCUUUUGCUGUAUAUUCCCUUCUAAAACCUGAAGUGAUCAUUGAUCGGAAAAGAAAUCCAGAACCUUGGGAAACUGUGGACCCUACUGUACCUAGAAAGCUUCUAACCAUCAACCAGGAGUGGAAACCCAUUGAAGAACUGCAGAAAGUCAGAAAAGCCACCAAAUGACCAGCUUUUGCUUCUUUCUUCCAAAAAAUACUCUAUGAAUCUAGUGGAAACAUUGCUGCACAAACUAGAUUAUGGAUACCAGUGUGCGGAAAUGCUUCUGCUACAUUUUUAGGGCUUGACUACAUUUCUGGACUCUGGAUGGGAUUUAUAAAAGUAGUGUAGCAAUAGCCACAUAGUUCAAAAAUAAGUUUGUGUUUUUUUCUCGUAAAUUUAAUUUGCAUAUUGGGAAUUUUGUUUAUGAUGCCUGAAUGUUAUCUUAAAAGUGUGUAAAGAUUUAUAACCUAAAUUGUCUAUAAUAAAAUACUACUUGUGUGA